AUGUACAGAGCCCCUGCCAGUGCAGAUCUGCAGCGAGCCUGGGAAAAGGCAUACCAGGACCACAGGCAUAAGGUGCAGAAUGCCCAGCCACUGGUGGACACCCGUGCACCACCAACUUUCAGCCACCUGCACCUGAAGCUCAAGAGGCUGAAGCUGGAGGAGGAACGGCUGUCUGUCAUCGACAGGGACAAUCGCCUGCUUCUGCAGAAGGUGGCCUCUGCUAUGCGGAACAAGAGACAAACUGACAGCAGAAUCAUCUCCAGAAAUCAGAGGUAA